GAAAUUGUUGUCACGAAGCCUUCAGAGAAAAUACCGGUCAUGAAGUUUUCUUGUAUACUUUCAACUUUUCUUCUCUUUUCUUGCUUUAUCUCACUCAAUGCAAGUGGGAAAAGAACGCUUGUUCUUGUUGACAACUGGUCAGUGAGGGAAACUCACUCCAUGUUCUUUAGAUCAUUGAGAGAGAGAGAUUAUGAAAUGACAUUUAAAACUGCCGAUGAUUCUACUCUAGCCUUGGUUAAAUAUGGCGAAUACUUAUAUGACAAUCUUAUUAUUUUCUCACCCUCGGUCCAAGAAUUUGGAGGCUCGAUCGAUGUUGCAGCAAUAACUAGUUUUGUUGAUAAUGGCGGCAAUAUUCUCGUUGCUGCAAACUCUAACAUUGGAGAACCCAUUAGAGAAUUGGCAACUGAAUGUGGAAUCGAAUUUGAUGAAGAGAAAACUGCUGUAAUUGAUCACUUAAACUACGACAUUGCUGAUUCCGGAAAACAUACCCUCAUCGUUGCUAAAUCUGAUGAUUUGAUCAACGCUCCACUAAUAGUUGGAUCGGCAAAACCCAAUCCUUUGCUCUUUAGAGGUGUCGGAAUGGUUGCUGAUAUCGAUAACCCAUUGGUUUUGGGUAUUUUGCAUGCAUCAUCCUCAGCUUAUUCUCACAAUCCCGAUGAAAAGAUCAAGGAUUAUCCUCAUGCAGUUGGAAAGAACACUCUCCUGAUCUCUGCUCUUCAAGCUAGAAACAAUGCACGUGUUGUCUUCUCUGGAUCAAUGGACUUUUUCUCUGACGAAUUUUUCACUUCAUCUGUCCAAAAUUCAAACGGCGGAACCAGACAAGAAAAAUCGGGUAAUUCUCAAUUGGCUAAUUCAAUCUCUGCUUGGGUAUUUAAGGAACGUGGAGUUUUAAGAGUUGGAAAGAUUUUCCACAGUUUACAAGAGAAUGCCAAUAAAAAUGAAGAAAAUCCAGCUUUCUACACUGUUUUGGAAGAUAUUGUUUACACUAUUGAAAUUGAAGAAUUGAAAGAUGGAAAAUGGGUUUCAUUUCAAGGAAAUGAUGUUCAACUGGAAUUCGUAAGAAUCGAUCCUUUCAUUCGCACAACUCUAACAAAAAGUCGCGGAGUAUUUCAAGCAAAAUUCAAACUACCAGACGUCUAUGGAGUUUACCAAUUCCGUGUUGACUAUGAAAGAUUGGGCUAUUCGAAAUUGUUUAGUUCAACUCAAGUUUCUGUUAGACCUCUCCAACACACACAAUAUGAGAGGUUUAUUCCAUCAGCCUAUCCAUAUUAUAUCUCAUCCUUCUCUAUGAUGAUUGGAGUUGUUGUGUUUUCUUUUGUAUUUUUACAUUUCAAAGAUGAUAAGGAGAAGACUGAAUAA